CCCAAAGACAACUCCCAGCGUACCCCGCUCUCCACCCACUCGCCGCGCCUACAAGAGCGCUGCCGGGCGCCGGGGGUGCUCGCUCCGCCAUGGCAGUACCGGGGCCCGCGCCGCCGCCUCCUCCUUUCGCCGGGCUCCGUUAGCCUCAGGCGCCGUCACCAUGAGCUCGCGGCAGGCGGACACUCCCGCGCUGGAGCCCGGCGGCGGGGCCCGCCCGGGGCCUGGGUCGCUGCCGCUCGGCGUCCCGCGGCGGGCGUUCAGCUACGAUGAUGCUCUGGAGGACACGGCGCCCAUGACGCCGCCGCCCGCAGACCUGUGUGCUGGCGUCCUCUGGAAACAGCCGGUCAUCCCCGAGCGCAAGUACGAAGAGCUCUCGAAGAUUGAGGAAGGGGAUGCUAACAUGAGUGCACCUAUCAUGACCCCUUCAUCAUCCACCGAAAGUGUGAACAAGGUGCCUGUGGUGAAGGCCAAGGCCACCCACAUCAUCAUGAACUCUCUCAUUACAAAGCAGACUCAGGAGAGCAUUCAACGCUUUGAGCAGCAGGCAGGGCUGAGAGAUGCUGGCUACAGUCCCCACAAAGGCCUCACUACCGAGGAGACCAAGUAUCACCGAGUGGCCGAGGCAGUCCACAAACUAAAAAUGCAGAGUGGAGAUAUGAGAAAAGACGACAAACAGCCUAUGUCUGCUCAGUCCACUCCAAGCAGCACUCCCCACUCCUCUCCCAAGCAUAAAACCAGGGGUUGGUUUAGUCAGGGAUCAUCUGCUUCUAUCACUGGCUCAGAUUUUGCUGUGGAAGCUGUGGGGGACAAAUUGCCAUCUGAAAGAUGGAGUUUUUUUGGACCCAAAGCCAUCCAGAAGUCCACCACUGAUCCAGGAGGAUUUACCAUCCAAUCCUAUAAGGGUGCCCAGAAGCCGUCUCCGAUGGAACUGAUGCGUGCUCAGGCUACCAGGAUGCCAGAGGAUCCAGUUACAUUCAAGCCACCCAAAAUGGACAUUUCGGUCACAGAAGGAAGGAGGCAAUCACCACGUUCCCAUAAUAUCAAGCCUCGGGAUCUGAAUGUGCUCACUCCCACUGGGUUCUAGGAUGAAUGCUUCUGGUGUCUUUAGCAGGCUACAAGGGCAUCUUAGGCUGUGCUUCCCUGUCCCACUGUGCUGCGUAAAAUAGCGAAGUCUCCCUUCCAGCCCUUCAUCUCAAAAGGAAAAGGGUCUGACUGUCCUCCUAAAUCAGUCUUGGAAAAACUCCUGCACUAGUUCUAAACCAAUGUAAACCCUCCCAUCUGCUGCAUUGCACCAGUUCAGUCUGCCAGGCUGCACUAGAUGUGCUUCUUGGGGUAUUACACCAGAGUAAAACCUUGGACAAUGUUUUGUGGGACAGGACUGUGGUGUGCAAGCAGGCUGGCCUGUCUGCCUGCAGUCUAGUUGUCUUGUCCUGCUCAGUGCUGAAGUCCCAGGAGGACUGUGAUUGCCUGGCAUGUACAGAACACAGAAAAAAAAAAAAAGCAAGGACUAAAAACUGGACCAUUAACUGCCAGAAGGAAGGUGUUCUGGAACUGUGGUGGGUCAGUUUUAUAUGUGGCAUUCCCUUACUAUCCAGUGUGACCUGAUAGUCUGACACCUGGUAUUUUGUUCUUGGAUUUCUUAAAGUAGAGCAGUGACCAUUCUAAGAUGCUCUUAUUAGAAAAGCAGGGAGCAGAAUCUAAUGGGAUUUUGCAGUAACAAGGAAGAACUUCUCUUCCAAAUCUUCAUCUUCCCCCAAGAAAGUUGGGCUUAAGCCAAGUAAACCUCUCUUUAGGCAAAACAAUACUGUCCUGCUUUCUGCUAGACCAACAGACUUGCAGAUGUUCUGGUACUCUGGGGUGCUGCUUGAUUUGUGAUUUUUUUUUUUUGUUGCAUCUUGUAUGAAUUGUUUAGAGGUGUGUUAGACACCAGGGGUGCUUCUCAAUAGUUUUUUCAUCAGCACUAUAUGUAUUUUGCAGGGCUGGGGGAGGACUGAAAGCAGAUCAAGACUAAAAAUUCCUCACUGCUAUGAUACAGCUGUGUGAUUUUUUUUUGGCCUAGUCAGAACCAGUUACUGGGACCAGCUAACACCUGCUUUCAGGAAAAGUGGAAGGAGCUCUGGGCUGCCACCUAAUCCCCCCUUAUGCAUUAUAGGCAGCAUUGCUCUGUAAUUUUCACCUGUCCUGGGGUAGAUGGGUCUCCUCUCUUGAUCUCAUGAUUGCGUUGCAGAGCUCCCUCAGCCAGCAGCAGGUUUUCUAGUGGUGAGGUGACAGUAGCAGCCUAGUUUGAUACUGGAAGCUUCUCUGUUGCCAGGACAUUAUACAAAAGUUACUUAACAGCUAGAAACUACUGAGCUCUGGGGUUUCUGCCGUCUUGAACCAAACAUUCCUCCUGGAGGGUGAGGCAGGCCUGGCUGCCCUCCCUUCUGAAGAAGCACAUGUUGUGGCUCUGCUUCCUCUCAAGCUUCAGCAGUGCCGCCAAUGAUGUGUUGUGUUGGAAGUCUCUCACCCAACCAAGCAAUCUUCACUGUUGCCACUUAUUUGCACCUUGACAGUCAGUUUCUCAUUUGACAUUAAUUUAUUUGUUAUCUGUAUUCAUGUCUGCGUGUUGGUUUUGUUUGUUAUGAUAAAAUAAACCCCUUGUGAAUGGA